UCGAAGUGGGCGGGGCUCAAGUAAAAUGAUGCAAAGUAUAUCGUGUGUGCUCGCUAUGAAACAGCCAUAAAACUGACGUCUGCCGAUUGCGCUACAAGAUCGUGAGAUAAUUUGGUGGUCAAUGGCUGACUGGAGACUGCGCAGGAUCCAUGUAAAACUUUCACGCAACGCUAAACUCUUGGUACAAUCAAGGAUUUUAUUAAACACGGUACAAUUGAAUAUCCGUGAAAAAUCUGCAGAUCAUCAGUAAAAGAAGAAACAAUGGAUGCGCCUUCUAAUUCCACCGCUCCAGAGCCAAGAAAAGUGGGUGUUUCGACCGAAGGAGCGCCGAUAGAAACAAGCUGCACAUCAUCAAUUGAAGAAUCAAUGGAUGAACCUUCUGAUUCCACCGCUCCAGAGCCAAGAAAAGUGGGUGUUUCGACCGAAGGAGCGCCGAUAAAAAUAAGCAGAUCUUCGCUUGAAAACGAAGAAACAAUGAAUGAACCUUUCAAUUCCACCGCUCCAGAGCCCGAAUGUAUCGAUGAUAAUCAAAUGCCAGUAAUACGUAACUUAGAUGAUCUUAUACGCCAUGUAGAGAAGAUGACGACCGAAACUUGUGCCUGUAGAUCAUCUCUUCAAAAAGAAGAAACAAUGGAUGAACCUUCUAAUUCCACCACUCGAAAGCUAAUACUAGUCAGUGCUUGGCCCGCAGGAGCGCCGCCGAUAGAAACAAGCUGCAGAUCACCAAUCGAAGAAGAAGAAUCAAUGAAUGAACCUUUUGAUUCCACCGCUCCAGGGCCCGAAUGUAUGGAUGAUAGUCCACUUCCAGUAAUACGUAACUUAGAUGAUUUAAUACACCACUUACAGAAGGAGUGCAGACCUCGUACCCCAGAGAAUACAUUGGCGAAGGUUGAUGAUGCGACUGGAUCAGAGGCUGCUUCAGAGGUGUUGCCGCCGCACGAGCCACAGGAGGAGGAGGAGGAGGAGGAGUCGGACACUGCAGACACUAAGGCCUGUGGACUGUCUGACUGUGAUUUGAUCUGAUCAACUGAAGAGGAAGAGCGAGCGUCAUAUAAUAUUUUCUCUUCUCUCUUUAUAAUUAAGAACUGAGAAAUAUUUAAAUAAUGUCAUUGUCAUGUCAUAUAUAAAUAAAUAAAAAAAUAUAUACAGGGUCUACCGUAAUUAAUGGAUAAAUGCAAAUGGCAGACACACCAUCUAAUUGUCUACAAUGAAUAAUGUUAACUAUUUUUAAAUGUUAGCUUUCUGUAUUCUCCAUUGAAAACAAAAAAAUACUCGUGAAAGAAUUAUUUCGAUACGUUAAUUAGUUCCCGAGAUAUAGAAUUUUGAAGUGAGCGCGCGGUGAUCAGCUCGCGUUUGACGCCGUGACGUCAUCAAACAACAUAUUUUGCUCGCCCGUGAUAGGCAAUUUCGUACUUCUGCCUUACCUACUGACGAAUUAAUGGUUAGAAUUGAAAAAUUCUUUUUGUGUUAAAAAGCCCGUUUAUCGGGGAAGGCUUUAUGUUAGAUAACAUCACGCUACGACCAAUAGGAGCAAAGCACCGACAAAAAAUGUGGCCAAAACGGUUAAAAUAAUGUUGAGUCGUAGGCUAGUCUUCUUAAUAAAUAAAUGCGAAAGGUCAUUCUUACGAAAUCUCGAAAACCGCUUGACGUACAAAGAUAAAAUUUGGCAGGGAGGUAGUCUAUAGUUAGUAGGUAUCUGCUGAUAAUGGAUUUUCGAUAGGGCCGGAUUAAAGAGGUCUAGAGGCUCUCACAAGUAUGUAUGAUAGUCUUUCAUUUGUCAUGCUACAAACUUUAAAUUUAGCAGGGAGGUGGUUUAUAGUUGGUAGACGUCUGUUACAAACCCACUUUAGAUCUCUUUAAUCCGGCCCUAUUGCAAAAUCCAUGAUUAGCAGAUACUUACUUACUAUGGACUACCUCCCAGCCAAAUUUAGUAGCAAUGCUGAUUUUAAUUGUAGUUCUCUGACCUCUUUUAAAAAACUCAUCAAGUUUACUCAGUGAUUUUUGUAUAUAUAUAUUGUUGUCUCGUGUAUUGUUGUCUCGUGUAUUGUUGUCGUUUAAGUGCUGUUCAUGAUAAUUUAUUGUAAGAAUGCCACAUGGUCACACCAAGAAGGUGCAAUCGUAUUUAUUAAGUUUUAUGUAUGUUAUUUAAUAUUGUAACAUGAUUGUAACCAGUUUUAUGUUCCAAAUAAAAAAAAAUGUAUUAGUUUUAAGUUUACUAUCUAA